AUGUCCACGAAAUGCCCACUAAAUGCAUUCUCGGGCGAAUACCUGAUAGUUAUAGGGGAUAACGGUCGAUGUACCAGGGAGAAUCCAAAGUGCAAAUAUUUACAUCCACCACAACAUAUUAAAGAUCAGCUGCUUAUCAAUGGAAGAAACAAUUUGGCAUUGAAAAAUCUGAUAUCAGCGCAGUUGAAUCAGACAGCCACCGGACAACCGAUUGCAGUCAAUCCUAUUGCGCAAAUUAUGCAGCAACAACAGGCGGUGGCGGCCGCGAAUAUGAUGCCCACAUUACCAUAUCCCUAUUAUCAGGGUUUGGUAUAUUCUCCAGUUCUACAGGAUCCAUAUCAGGCUGCUGUGUCACAGGCCGGUGUCCCUUGCAAACGCCCUGCCGUUGACAAGAACGGAGCUGUUGUGUACAGUGCCAAUCCACAACCAGCUCAGCAGUUCAAUCCCUACGUUCUACCGGGUCUUCAGGGCUAUGUACCCGCCGUGUCAUGUAAGUGUGCAGCUUGA